AUGGCAGAUGAUUUAACUCGUAUUGCUAUUGUUAAUGCAGAUCGUUGCAAACCAAAGAAAUGCAGUCAGGAGUGCAAGAAGAACUGUCCGGUCGUGAAGAUGGGCAAACUCUGCAUUGAGGUGAAACCAACUUCAAAGAUCUCAUACAUCUCCGAGGAGUUGUGUAACGGUUGCGGUAUCUGCGCCAAGAAGUGUCCGUUCGAAGCGAUCAACAUUAUCAAUUUGCCAAAGUCACUACAGAAGGACACCACUCAUCGUUACGGUCCAAACAGUUUCAAGUUGCAUCGUUUGCCAACUCCACGUCCCGGACAGGUACUCGGUUUGGUCGGUACCAACGGUAUCGGUAAGUCGACGGCACUCAAGAUCUUGGCCGGUAAAUUGAAGCCAAAUCUCGGUAUCUGGGAUCAACCACCCGAAUGGCAAGAGAUCCUCACAUUCUUCCGUGGAUCCGAACUCCAAUCAUACUUUACAAAGAUUCUCGAGAACAUGAAGGCACUCAUCAAGCCACAGUACGUCGACAACCUUCCAAAGGCUGUACAAGGAACCGUUCGUACCGUCUUGGAGGCCAAAGCACAAGCUGGAAACAAAGAUCAAAUGAUCAACGAUCUCGACCUCAAGACUGUCCUCGAUAAAGAUAUUAACGUAUUGUCCGGUGGUGAACUUCAAAGAUUUGCAAUUGCCGUUGUUUGUGUUCAAAAUGCUGAUAUUUUUAUGUUUGAUGAACCAUCUAGUUAUUUGGAUGUCAAACAAAGAUUAAAGGCUGCUCAAGUCAUUCGUUCAUUGAUUCAACCAACAAAUUAUAUUAUUGUAGUGGAGCAUGAUCUUAGUGUUUUGGAUUAUUUAUCUGAUUUCGUAUGUUGUUUGUACGGAUCUGCUGGUGCAUAUGGUGUUGUAACAUUGCCAUUCUCUGUUCGUGAAGGUAUCAAUAUCUUUUUGAAUGGUUUCAUCAAGACUGAGAACAUGAGAUUCCGUAAGGAAGCUUUGACUUUCAAGUUCUCAGAGACCGCCGAUACAGAGGAGGAAAUCAAGAAGCAUUGUCUCUACAAGUAUCCAGCGAUGACAAAGACAUUGGAUGGAUUCAAGCUCGAAGUAAAGGCUGGUGAGUUCACAGACUCUGAAAUCAUUGUUAUGCUCGGUCAGAACGGUACCGGUAAGACCACCUUCAUCAAGAUGUUGGCCGGUCAACUGCCACCAGACGACGGUGCUUCGAUCCCAGAGUUGAAUGUAAGUUACAAACCACAGAAGAUCUCACCAAAGUUCCCAGGUACCGUGCGUGAGCUCUGCCACAAGCGUAUUCGUGACACUUUCCUCCAUCCGCAAUUCAACUCUGACGUCGUCAAGCCACUGAAUCUCGAGAACAUCAUCGAUCAGCAAGUACUCAAUCUCUCUGGUGGUGAGUUGCAACGUGUCGCCAUCGUUCUCUGUCUCGGUCAGCCCGCCGACAUCUACCUCAUCGACGAGCCAUCUGCCUACUUGGAUUCCGAACAGCGUAUUAUCGCAUCAAAGGUUAUCAAGCGUUUCAUCUUGCACGCCCGUAAGUCUGGUUUCAUCGUAGAGCACGAUUUCAUCAUGGCCACCUACUUGGCCGAUCGUGUCAUCGUCUACGAAGGUGUUCCAGCCGUUCACUGCAUUGCCAACGCACCACAGUCACUGCUCACCGGUAUGAAUCAAUUCUUGAAGACAUUGGAUAUCACUUUCCGUCGUGAUCCAACCAACUAUCGUCCACGUAUCAAUAAGCUCGAAUCCGUCAAGGACAAAGAACAGAAAUCAAACGGAAACUACUUCUUCUUGGAUGCUCAAGAUACUGAGUAA